UCUCUAGGUAUAUAAAUUCUAUGGACAAAACCGAAGCAAAAUAUAAGUGUUAUGUUAUUCAUAUAUAAUAUUUAGAUAUUUAGAUAAAAAAUUUAGAUGCAAAUGUUUGGUGAAUACAGAAUAUUAUUGUAGAUGAAUUUAGAAAAGAUAGAAUAUGAGUAAUAAAAAUGCUCGCGAAACGCCAGGCGAUGGUUUGCGAUCGUUGCGAAGCACUUCGUUAUUCCGUGCCGUCAAUUUCGAGUUAUAUGUGAAACCGAACAAAGCUGUUAUGAUUUUUGGUAUUAUAGCAAUGUUGGGUUGUUCAGGAUAUAUAUUUUACAUGAAUUCUGGUGAAAGGAAAAAUGAUUACCAAGCUAUGAUGAAAGCAGAUGAUACAGUGGUAUUAGUAAGAAAAACCUCCAAAUGGACCGAUUGAAUGAUAUAUCAUAUAUGAUAUUUUGUAGUCUAUAAUUUAUUCAAUUUUUAACAAUAUAUAUCAACUGUACAUACAUGUUUAUAUAGGCUCAUAAAGAUUUCAGAGCAGUA